ACACUGGUGUCAUUACAGGAUACAAACAGAAGGUUAGCCAGGCUGACAGCAAGUGAUCUUUCAACAGGGAAAGCGAUUGUCUGUGUUGUCGCCGCGGAUCAAUAUUGUUUGUGUUAUGAGAAGAGGACACUGGCUGUGUUAGGACUGUGGUAAGAUUAAACAGCAUGGCAGCAGCUCCAACACUCAAACGGACAGACUCAGCUCGGGGGGAGCUCUCCCCUCUCAAACACUUUGUUGUGGCCAAGAAGAAGAUCAGUGAUGUGUUUGAACAGCUACUGAAAUAUGUGAAAGAGACUUCAGAGUUUGUAGAAGAAACCUGUGGGAACAAAGCCUUGGAGAACAUUGCAAGUCAGGAUCAAAAGUUGGAGAUUCAGGCGUAUGCUGGAAAACUUGCUGUCAUCAAGGAGGUGCUAGCACGCAGACACAUGAAAGUGGCCUUUUUUGGCAGGACCAGUAAUGGUAAAAGCACAGUGGUCAACGCCAUGCUGAGGGACCGCGUGCUGCCCAGCGGGAUUGGUCACACCACUAACUGCUUCCUGAGUGUGGAGGGCACUGAUGAGGACAAGGCGUAUCUCAAGACAGAGGGUUCUGAUGAGGAGAAGAGCAUCAAGACUGUAAACCAGCUGGCUCACGCGCUCCACAUGGACGAGAGUCUGGACGCCGGCUGCCUCGUCCGUGUGUUUUGGCCGAAGACCAAGUGUGCUCUUCUUCGAGACGACCUGGUGCUUGUAGACAGCCCAGGGACAGAUGUCACAACACAACUGGACAGCUGGAUUGACAAAUUCUGCCUGGAUGCUGAUGUGUUUGUGCUGGUGGCCAACUCGGAAUCCACGCUUAUGAACACGGAAAAGCACUUUUUCCACAAAGUGAAUGAACGUCUAUCAAAACCCAACAUCUUCAUCCUCAACAACCGCUGGGACGCCUCAGCAAACGAACCAGAGUACAUGGAGGAUGUGAGGAAGCAGCACACAGACCGGUGUGUGAACUUCCUGGUGGAGGAGCUGAAGGUCGUGGACCGCGAUCAAGCACCCAACCGCAUUUUCUUCGUCUCUGCCAAAGAGGUGCUCAACUCUCGAAUGCAACGCGCACAGGGCAUGCCUGAAACAGGUGGAGCUCUGGCUGAGGGCUUCCAGGAGAGACUGAAGGAGUUCCAGUGCUUUGAGAGGAGGUUUGAGGAGUGUAUCUCGCAGUCAGCAGUGAAAACAAAGUUUGAGCAGCACACUAUCAGGGCCAAGCAGAUCACAGAAAAAGUCAAGAACAUCAUGGACGCCAUCAACAUCGAGGCGGCAGAGAAGAGAGUGGCGGCACUGGAGGACAGAGAGUAUCAGAUGGACCGGCUGGAGUUUGUCAAGAAUCAGCUCAACUUGCUAAUUGAUGAAAUCAAGAAGAAGAUCAAGGCCAUCAGUGAGGACGUUGAGUGUAAGGUAUCCAGCGCCAUGGGAGAAGAGAUCUGCCGUCUCCACGUAAUUGUUGACGAGUUUCACAGUGAUUUCCACCCGUCGCCACACGUCCUCAAGAUCUACAAGUCUGCGCUGCUGGAUCACGUGGAGGAGGGGAUGGGCAAGAACCUGGCCUUCCGUUGCUCUGAUGCCAUCAACGCCUCUGUCCAGUCCUCUCAGAAAUACAUGAUGGAGAGCAUGCUCCCUCUGCUUCCCUCUGCGGCCCAGAGCCAAGUCCAUAUGCUGUUACCCAGCAGGAAGUUUGACCUCAGUUACGACCUCAACUGCGCCACACUUUGCAGUGACUUCCAGGAGGACAUUGAGUUUCAGUUUUCGUUGGGAUGGACAGCGUUGGUCCACCGCUUCCUGGGAUCUGUCAAUGCACAGAGAGCACUCAAACUGGUGGACCAGAACUUCCAGGCCUCUCGACCAGCGCUGCCUCUGGCAAGUACGCCCUCCUCAGGACCCCCCUCCACGAUAGCCCCGCCCAACAACGAGACGGCCCUCAUGACCCAGGAGGACUUGAUGUUAGCCAUGGCAAACAACGUGGCAUCCCUCACCUCCCGCACUUCUAUGAGCGUUAUCAUCGUUGGAGGAGUGGUGUGGAGAACAGUCGGUUGGAGGCUGAUCGCCCUGUCAGCCUCACUGUACGGCAUGCUGUACCUGUACGAGAGACUCACCUGGACCACAAAGGCAAAGGAGCGCACUCUGAAGCGGCAGUUUGUGGACUACGCAUCUGAGAAGCUGCAGCUCAUCGUCAGCUUUACUAGUGCAAACUGCAGCCACCAGGUCCAACAGGAGAUGGCGGCGACCUUUGCUCGGCUCUGUCAGCAGGUGGACCAGACGCAGAAAGAGCUGGAGGCUGAAAUCCGCCGACUGACAGCCAAGAUAGAUCAGCUGGAGACCGUCCAGAGCCACUCCAAAAGCCUGCGACAUAAAGCCACAGACCUGGAGAAACAGUUGGAGGCGUUCACAAACCAGUACCUGCAGCCUCAGCAGUGAGCUGCUCCUCUUCAUCGCUCCACAGUUUGGUUCUCGUUGAGCCAAUCAUUCCUCAGCCAGGCGCCGCCUCUUGGUGCACACGGCCCUCAUCACCUAAACUACACCACAGCUUCUGUGUGGACAGUAGUGCUGGAAAGAUCAAUCAGGGAUUGGUCCGUCAGCUGAAAAGAAAUCUGUAGAUAUUUUGAUAAUCAAAUGUCAGUUAUCAGGCAAAAAAUGUAAACUUCUGCAACUUCUCUAGUGUGAAGAUUAGGUCCUUAUAAUUUCUUUAAAAAUUAUAUAUUUUGUGGGAUUUUUUUUGUCACACCAAAUAGUCGAUUUGAAGAGUUUUUGGUAACCUAAAGGUCACUUUUUUUGUUUGUUUUGACAUUUUGUAGACCGAUAAAUUAAUCAAGUAAAAAAGAGGAUUGAUAAUGAAAAGAAAAUCUGUAGUGUCACUCUUGGAGGACAAUGGAGAGUGAGGGCCCAAACAUGACAGUAUUUUUUGCUCCGCCUUUCCUCCUCAGCCAGCCAGGUGUUUCAGGUGCUUGAGAAACUGCAGUGAACAAACUGUACAACAGAACUGCCUGUAAAACAUACAAAUGUGGACUCACGAUGCGCAAAGACGCUCCAAAAGGUAAUGAUAGAAUCUCGGUCGGCGUGAAGGCUACCGGUCGGGUGCUACAUUUUGACACUAACGUGCUUCUAACUGUGAAUAUGCCUUUUUUCACUAACUUUUUGUGGAGCAAAUGAAGUUUGAGUGUCUGUAAGACUGUACAUGUAUCUGUUCGGGGCACAUGAUCUGCUGUAUGUUAACGACAGAAAUAAAUAUAUUUAAAUAUAAAUGAGAAAAGUUUUAUUCUGAAUUGAAAGGACCUAGUUGAAGUAAAUUCACUGAGAGAAAUCAUUUGAGUAGAAAGGGAAAGCAUGUCUUUAUUAUACUUUUGGUUCACGUUCUAUUUUCUAACUAUCCAUACUGUAUAGGUCAAAGGCUUUGAAAAUCCUCUUAUAUUUUAUAAUAUCCUGAUUUAUUUAUACCCAUUAGACCUAGAACAACAUUUACACCAGACUGCAAUUUGUAAAACUGUCUUCUUUUUUCUUGAAUGCGUGUUGAAAUACCUCCAGAUUUGCCCAAGUGUAUUAAAUCUGCCACAAUCGAAAA